AACAUGUUGGUAUAAAUCACUGCUGGGGGUGGAGAUAAGCACAGUCUGCUGUUUAUUCCAGGAGUACACUUCUAUAAAAGAUCUGCUGCUCAAAACUGUACAACUUCCUUUUUGUUGUCUUUCAAACGACAUUACUGACUUUGGAUAUUUAAUAUCUCACGAUGUGUAAAGGACUCGCAACACUCCCUGCAACAUGCUUGAAAAGUGCCAAGGACAUCAAGCACAAAAUAAGCUUCUUACUCCAGAAGCCUGAGCCUCAAGCAGGGGAGCAGAAGGAGGUAAAAGAGAAAACUUCCACUGCUGCUGCUGCAAAAAGGCUGCCUGAUGCUACUGAGGUGGAGAAAUGGAAGGAGUCCUUCAGUCAUGUGAUUGCCACUGAAGCUGGGCGUCUGGUCUUCACCGGCUUCCUCAGGUCCGAGUUCAGCCAGGAAAACAUUGACUUCUGGAUUGCUUGUGAGGACUACAAGAAGACUCAACCUUCCAAGCAGGCCAGCAGAGCAAAGCAGAUCUACCAGCAGUAUGUUGAGGCAGAUGCACCCAAUGAGGUUAAUCUGGAUGCAGUGACCAGAGAGAAAACAAAGCGGGCUGUCGAGAACGCCAGCCCAUCUUGUUUUGAAGAGGCUCAGAAGAUGAUCUACAACUUGAUGGAAAAGGACUCCUACAGACGUUUCCUCCAAUCCAAACUGAUUCAAGAUCUGUGCCAGAAAGAGACUUGCAGUCUUCUGGAGAAGAAAAACUGUAACUGGGCUGACAGCAGGCAGGUGUUAGCUGGUGGUGCAUAAAGACAAAGAAAGAAGAAAAGAUUUAAAGGAGGUGCCAAAGAUUGAAAUGCAUGACUGAGCUAGAUUAGGAGACUAUUGAAUAGAAAAAAAUGGUUUUCAAUGUGACUUCAAAAGACAACUGUAGGUGGCUUUAACUUCUACUUACUGUUAAAUUACUGUCCGUUUUAAGUAGUACACUAUGUUAAAACAAAUGUAAUGUUUCCCAUUUCUGCUUUCACAGUCAGCUAUCUCAUUAUGUGAAUCAGAGUGGUUGAGAAAGACAGACUGAAUGUUUGACAUUUCCAUAUAUGAUUAACGUGCCAAGUUUGUGAACAUCUGCUCCAAGAAGCUUCCGGUUUCUUUUUUCGUCAAAACAUGAGUCAAACAGGUUCAAAUAAAAGGUCAGGUCAUAAGAAUGGAAUCUGAGCCUACCUCCAGCCAAAGGACACACCUUGAAAAAACCCAGUAUACUCAUUAAAAACCAAGUGAAAAGUGAAAAGACGAAAGAAAGUCGAUCCGCAGACUGUUUGAAUACAUUGAUUUAAUGUUCAAAAUUUGCCCAUAAAUCACUCCAAUGGCACUUAUGAGACUGGGCAAUACUGUGAUUUCUGUAACUGAGACAAUGGCUGUACAGCCUUUAGUAAUGUCCAAGUUAUGCAAAAGUAGCACACAGGAAGAAACAGACAAUGGUCCCUGUAUUCUAACAUUAACCACCAGCUAAAAUAAGUACAAAGAAUUUAGAUAAUGACAAUAAAAAGUUCAGGACAAAGAAAUUGCUCGCAUGGGAUAAAAAAACAAGCAAAAACAGAAAGAAUGAAAAUGGCUACGUUUUGCAUGGGACAUGAAUAGGGAAAUGGCAGUAAAUAUCAAUAAUGGUGAUACUAGCAUAGUACCCUUGUUUUGAAUUGAAAAAUGCAUCAAUUUAUCCUAAUCUCAACCAACAACAAUUGGUUGUUAUGGAUUGCAGGGAUCAGAGUCUGAGCAGAGAGAAAACAGGACAAUACAGACUAAUCUAAUCUUGAGCUAACUUGUCUUCAUAAGUGACAGCCUCAAUUUACGUGGCUCCAUUUUCAUGACAUCAGACAUGAAACUUAAAGAGCUAAAGGGUUUUUGACCACAUUCUGGUUACCUUUGUAAUGUUAUUGCUGUACAGAUGAGGUAAAUCUGAGAAAAUAUUCAAAUCAAUCAAACUUUUGUGGAUCUCUACUCAGCAAAGUAAUUACAUUUUCAGAAACAGGUGAUCACUGUGAUCACAUCUGGAGCUCACUGAGGAACUGAACAGAUCAUUUUAAGUGUAGUACUGCACAGCUAUCCCCAUGAAUAAUGGGAAGCCACUAAGUACCCAUAACAGCAGUAAAGCAGACAAACCAAACAGUAUUAAAGGUUUUUACUCUAAGCACAUGUCAAUAUGGUCUACACAAAAAAAAAAAAAAAAAAAACCCAGCACAUUUCACUUCACUUCAUUGCAUUUAAUAAAAAAGCUUUAUUCGUGCACUUUCAUGUUAGUUUUGUCAAAUCAAAGCGCCUGAUCCACUUGUUACCAUCCACUCACUUCUAUUUGUGUGCUAAAGGAAAUGGUUGCUACUGAUGUUUGUUUUCAUCUCAGAAGCUUAACCCUGGUAACAACUGGCUUUGCUGUCAGGACAUCUUAAUGUGAUCUCUACACCAUGGCAAUGGUCUACGUGUCUACUUGUGGUGGCCUAUUGAAAUAUGUUUUUAUAUCAGCAGAAAUGCUUUGCUUUUGCAUGCUAAGUGGUUUCUAAAUAGAUGUGAAAAUUGGUUUGUGUUGCAAAUUUGAGCUUUCCCAUGUUAAGGUGUUUUGUUACACAUUUCAUAAUCUAAAAAAUCAAAUUAAGUGUUGACUUUAAAAGAACAUUUCAUAAUAGCCUUGUAUUCCUUAAAUGUUAAUGGAAUGUAUAUUCGUAUGAAUAAACAACUAGGUAGUGUAUAAAGAAAGUUGUAGAAAGAUGUAUUUGUCCGUCUAUAUUUAUUACAAAAUAAAACCAUGUCUUAGUGAUAAUAUCUGAAGUAUGAUUGUAAGCCUUGUUUGAGUUUGUCUUUGUGGGGAAAUGUGAUGGACUGACAACCUGUCCAGGGGGCUCCCUGCCUCUCAGUGAAAGGCGCCAGCCCCACUGUGACCCUAAACUUGAGGUUUGACGGAUGUAUAAAUCAAUGAAUACUUACAUGUUACUGCUGAAAACCAUGCUGGUAGAGUGCUUACAUUGUUUAACAAAUAUGACUUCAUCACCUGACCUUAUGUUAGUACAAGUAUGUACACAGUAUAUAUUGUAAUGAUUU